GAACUAUUGUUAUGAAGCGACUUUCAUAAUUUACUACCCACCCGCACUAUAAAAAUCACAACCAUAGAACCCAACAUGAAUUCCGCAGAGGAAAAGGCGAGUGCUUUACGGCGUCAAAUAACUGACACCGAGACUGAACUUGCUUCCCUAAAACUACAAUUAUUGAGUAUCGAAGGAAAAGAUGUCGACUCAAAAGAUCUUGAGGUUACAGAAGAAGGUCUCGUGACUCAUGGCGAAAGCAAAUGGCCCAUGAGUUUGGAAGAAUACAAACGUUAUGGAAGACAAAUGAUCGUGCCCGAUAUUGGUAUUCAGGGACAAUUACGACUUAGAUCAACCUCUGUUCUCCUAGUUGGAGCUGGAGGUUUGGGAUGUCCGGCCGCUGCAUAUAUCGCCGGUGCAGGAGUUGGUACUAUUGGAAUUGUCGAUGGAGAUACUGUAGAAGAGUCGAAUUUACAUCGUCAAGUAUUGCAUAGUACAGACCGAGUGGGGGUUAAUAAAGCUGUCAGUAUUGCUAAAUAUAUAUCAGGCUUGAAUCCAAAUGUAAAGACAAAUACCUUCGAAACACAUCUUACGCCUCAAAAUGCAGAGGAUAUAGUCAAAGACUAUGAUUUAGUUCUUGACUGUACUGAUCAUCCCACAUCCCGCUAUCUCAUUUCAGAUAUAUGUGUUCUUCUCCAAAAGCCACUCGUUUCCGCCUCCGCUCUCCGAACAGAUGGCCAGUUAAUAAUAUUAAACAAUCCUGCCUUACCUCCUGGCGAUCUAUCAGGUGGUCCAUGUUACCGCUGUGUCUUCCCCAAACCGCCUCCGCCCGAAGCCGUGACAAGUUGUGGCGACGGAGGAAUUAUUGGACCUGUUGUAGGUGUAAUGGGUGUUUUACAAGCUUUGGAGGCUAUAAAACUCAUUGCAUCUGGAAAGUUGGCCACGGUUGGGGAAAAGAAUGAGACAAGUUCUACCCCCAAGACGAAUCCUACUACGAUGUUAUUAUUCUCUACAAAUGGAACGUCGCCAUUCAGAAAUGUCCGUUUAAAGGGUAGAAGAUCGACUUGUUUCGCUUGUGGAGAGGAACCUCAGUUGUCUCUUGAGCAACUGAAAUCUGGCUCUAUGGAUUAUGUCUUAUUUUGUGGCAUGACGCAUCCCGUCAAGUUAUUGAGUGAUGAAGAGAGGGUUGAGGCAAAAGAUUACGAAGAGUCGAUAAGAAAGGAAGAACAAGAUCAUUUGUUGAUUGACGUUCGAGAGAAGGUGCAGUUUGAUAUCUGUAAUAUUGAGGGAUCACACAAUAUACCUUUCUCAUCAUUCCAAGGCAACAGAAUCAACGAAGAUCGCUCACUAUUAACGCUCACCGAUGGCCUGAGCCCGAAAGCUCCUAUAUAUGUCGUUUGUAGGCUCGGUAACGAUUCCCAAGUAGUCACAAAAAAGAUGAAGGAAAUGGGAUUGGAUCUCAGAGGCGACAGAUAUAUUGGUGAUAUCAAGGGAGGUUUACGAUCUUGGAAAGAACAGGUAGAUAGUUCUUGGCCCGAAUACUAGACUAUAGCGGCAAAAUUAAGACAUGUGAAUACUUGA